AUGAUGGAGAACCGGCCGCCCCUCACAUCCCCGGAUGGAUCCAGUAAUGGGAACCCACCAGAGAGAUGUCCCCGUCCUCUGUAUUCCCGGGAGACCACACAGGAACAUCAGGAGAUCCCUCAGGAGGAUCAGAAUGAAGAUCUGAUUAAUAUUAAAGUUGAAGAUGAAGAAGAUUUGUACAUGGAGGGUGAUGAGUCAUGUAUGGAGGAGGAGAUCCCUCCAGAGAUCAGCACAGACCCCGGAGAGCCAGAGAGAGAUGUCAAAGGUGAGGAGAAGGAAGAAGAACAUGUGGUAUUUAAAAAGGAGGAAGUUCCUGUAGUGAUCAGCACAGGGGCACUCAGGAACCGGAACACGACAGAGGGAUGUCCCCGUCCUCUGUGUUCCCAGGCUUCUACACAGGACGAUCACAAGAUCCCACAGGAUGAUCAGGGUGAAAAUUUGAUCAAAGUGGAAGUUAAAGCCGAAGCAGAACAGCUGUAUGUGGGAGGCGAUGAGCUGUUCAAAGGUGAAGAAAUUCAUCCAGAGAUUGGAAUAGGUGCGUAA